CAACCAACGUUUAAAAAGUAUACCCAGUUCACCUUUCUCACAAACAACCCGUGUCCUCCUCCGCUCCUCUCUCUCUCUCUCUCUCUCUCAUAUGCUAAUGCUCUUCUUUUACUUCCUUCCUAUUCAGAACAAUACCCUUUUGGUCUCUUCAAUGAAUUCUUCUAAAACCACAUCCUCAACUCCAUUGCUGUCGGCAGCAACAAGCAGCAGCAGCAGCAGUGAUGGUGAUGAUGACAGUCCAGUGGAGCGGUAUGGGCUAGAAGAUGUUGAGUAUCAGCUUUCGAGCGUGCCCGUUUGUGGGUUGCCGUCGUACAAAUCAUUGGCUGUACUUUCAGGCCAUGUUGGAUCUGUUUCCUGCUUGGCCUUAUGUGGGGAGUUCAUACUCAGCGCUUCACAAGGGAAAGACAUUAUAGUGUGGCAGCAGCCUGAUCUGAGGCAAUUCACCAAGUUUGGACAAGGUGACGGGUCGGUGAAGGCGCUUGUGACUGUGGGGCACAAGGUGUUUACUGCUCAUCAGGAUAGUCGAAUUAGAGUGUGGAAGGUGUCAAGAAGAUCUGAAAAUGUGUUCAGGCUUGUGGACACUCUCCCCACUACUAAGGACUAUUUGGGGAAGUUCAUGAAGCAAAGCAAUUAUGUACAAACUAGAAGGCAUCACAAGCGUUUGUGGAUUGAGCAUGCUGAUAGUAUCUCCUGUUUGACAAUUUGUAAUGGGUUGAUUUACUCAGGCUCUUGGGAUAAGACUCUCAAGGUCUGGAGGAUAGCAGAUUUGAAGUGCUUGGAGUCCAUAAAGGCUCAUGAUGAUGCCAUAAAUGGGCUGGUUUCUUGUAAGGGGUUAGUCUAUUCAGCAUCAGCAGAUGGGAAGAUUAAGGCUUGGGGGAAGGAGGGAGAUAACUCACAUUCACUGAAGGGGAUCUUGGAGGGCAACAAGGAUGUUUCCUUGAAUUCAGUGGUGGUUUCAGAGGAUGGGAGGGUGGUUUAUGGAGGGGGGUCUGAUGGGUAUGUGAUGGAGUGGGAGGGGAGCCUUAAGCUUGAUAGUUGGAAGCUGGUUUGUAAGGUUAAGGCACAUGAAAUGGCUGUUUUGUGUAUGUGCCUAAUGGAGGAGUUUUUAUGCACUGGUUCAGCCGAUAAAAGUAUUGGUAUAUGGAGAAGAGAGGCUGAUGGAGGGCUCUGCAGGGUUGGGAUUGUGAGGGGCCAUGAAGGGCCAGUCAAGUGCCUGCAAGCAUCACCUCAUUGUGUUGGUGGUGGGUUCUUGCUCUACAGUGGAAGCCUUGACAGAAGCCUAAGAGUUUGGUGGGUUCCCAAGGACUCUGCCAAAACAGAGGAAAAGAAUCAUCCUACCAUCCAAUACUAGGAACAUUUUUCAGGUUUGUGAGAGUGAUGAAGCACUGAUUCCUUUUUUCUGCAGUGCUUCAAAAAUCAGUGUCAGGUCCUGUCUAUAGUCAUAGAGAAGUUCACAAAGAUUUGAGUAUGGAAGAGAAGAGGCAAAAAUUUGAAGCCUCCCUUCAAUGUCUUCAAGUUUGGUUUCUGGGUUUGAGUUCUUACAGUGUAGUAGCUUCUAGGACUUGAAAAAUGAUAAGGGUUUGUGUGAGAUCAUAGGCAUAAUAGAAGGAACAUGAUAGAGUGGUGUGUCUUUUUCACUUCAAUACAUUUUUUUCUUCUUUUUUUUUU